AUGUUGGUGUCUCCCCGUAGAUACCGUCGCUGGUGGCGGUGGCUGUUUGGCCCUGUCCUCUUCGCCCGCCGCGGCUCGCAUGGACAUCUGAGCGUCCUGUUCAUCUCCUGCGUCCUCUUCUUCGCCGUCGUCGAUUACCUCACCUUCUCCACGUCGUCAUUGGCGCUAUCUUCCCGCUCAUCCUCGUCACGAGUGUCUGCAAAUACAGCACUCGUUCCAGGGAUAAGGUCCGUCUAUGUGGCCAGCACGCACUGGAACAAUGAGGCCAUCCUGCGCAGCCAUUGGAAUGCCGCCGUUGUCGAGCUGGCGAGGAAGUUCGGGAAAGAGAACAUAUACGUUUCCGUCUAUGAGAGUGGAAGUUGGGAUGAUUCGAAAGGCGCGCUGAGGGAGCUGGAUAUGCAGCUGGGAGAAUUGGGCGUUGACAGGACGAUCGUCCUGGAUCCCACCACCCACGAGAACGAGAUCAGCAAGCCUCCCGCGGAGGAAGGGUGGAUUGAUACGGCCCGGGGCAAGAGGGAGCUCAGACGCAUCCCGUACCUGGCUCAUAUGCGGAAUAAGUCGUUGGAGCCAUUGGAGAAGCUUGUACGGGCUGGGAGGACGUUCGAUAAGAUUAUCUUUCUGAAUGAUGUCAUAUUUUCGAUGACGGAUAUCAUAACUCUUCUCAAUACCCGCUCCGGGUCAUACGCCGCGACGUGCUCGCUCGAUUUCGCAAAACCGGGGCUCUUCUAUGACACAUUUGCCCUGCGGGACUGGAAGGGCUCCGCUGCCUUCUCCCAGCGCUAUCCAUACUUCAGCGCCAGGCGUUCACGCAACGCCUUGCUAGCAGCAAAGCCCAUCCCCGUGCAAAGUUGCUGGAACGGGAUUGCAAUCUUCGACGCCGCUCCCUUCCAAACAACCCAGACCCCGCUCCGCUUCCGCGCCAUCCCCGACUCGCUCGCCAAAUACCACCUCGAAGGCUCCGAAUGCUGCCUCAUCCACUACGACAACCCCCUCUCAGCCUCCAAGGGUGUCUGGCUGAAUCCCAACGUGCGCGUCGGAUAUAACCUGGUCGCCUACGAGUCUGCGGCGCGCGGGUGGCCGUCGACGCGGGACGCUGUGCUUGUGGGCUGGUGGAAGGGGUUUCUUGCUUCGUUGCUGGACUUGCCGUGGCGGCCAAGGGCGAUCGAGGCGAGGUUUAGGGCAUGGGAGAAGGAGGAGGAUGACGAUACCUCUUCUUCUUUUUCUUUUUCUUCUUCUUCUUCUUCUUCUUCUUCUUCUUCUUCUUCUUUUUCUAGCCAGGUUGUGCAGAACUGUGUGUGA